UAUAGUUCUUUCAAGGUUUUUGUUCUUUUUAGACGGACACAAUGUGGCCCACUGGCCACAGGUUGCUUACCCGUCCGCUCAUAAUAUUUUACAGUUUUUUUCUCUCUUCAGUGAAUAAAAAGGAGGAAUGGGCGGAGAUUUUUUUUUCCUUCCCAAAUUGGAUUCCUUUCUGAGAAAUGUUUCUGCCACACCUCUUUUCAUUUUAUUUUAUUUGGUUUUGUUUUUCGUUUUUUUUUCUUCUCUUUGGUGAAAAGAUUCGAUAAUGGACCGAGUUUUUUUUAAUCCACAUUUUAUUCCGUAUUUGUUAUAAGAAGAAAUAUUUUUGACACAGGACACACAGGACUAUGAGAUAGAGGAGUUAAAUUGUGCCACCUUGCUUCCAAAUGUAUACAUUAUACAGAUAUGCUUAUAUUUGCUUUGAGAAUCGUAUGGUUCACAGUUGUGUUAUUAUUAAUAUUAUUUUUAUUUUAUAAUGUCAUGUGACUUGGCCAUUUUCCAUCCUUUUUUGCCCACUGAGCCUACAUAUGUAUCAUCUUCCUCUCUUCUGCCUGGUCUUUUAACUGGUGCUGUGGGAUUACUACCAAGCGUUGCAGGACCCACGUACAUAGCACACUGGCGUCACGUCGUCGGUCCACCGUGUUUUGUGGAAGGCCUUUGAUUAUUUGCAUGUGAUGAAUAUCUACCACACACAUACACUCACACACAACAUCUGGAGAUCAAUUAGGCGUCGAUAAAAACCAUUGCAAGAAAGUGUUUUGUUGAAAAUGUGUCUAACAACCCAAAGAGUGUGAUAAUUAAAUGCACCUAAUUUUAAACGAUAUGUUCUUUCCUAUCGUAAAUUGCUCGCGCGUUUCUAGUCAUGAGAUUUUAUUAGUGUGAGAAAAAGGGCGUCUGGCUAAAAAAUGCAUCCAUGAUGAUCCACAGGAAUCCUGAAUCCUCGCUGCUGAUUGGCUGCUGGGCUGUGCCUCUGGACCUGUUGGAUAAAGGGACCAUUUUGUGAAGAAGCCCCCGCAUGCACUUGUUGUGCACAGAGGGCCAUGCACUGGGGAGCAGCCUGUUACAUCCAUUAAAAAAAAAUCCCAGCCGAAGCCAAGCCACCAUGACGGGCAAACAAGGCGCAGUGUUGUCGGCAACUUUGAACCCCGUGGAGACACGAAGACCUCCUCUGGGUGCAAACGGAGGCAUCAGCCUCAACCACCAGCAACAGCCGGCCAAGACCACCGUGAUCCACCCGCCCAGCAGGUGCACGGGCUUCGGCAUCCAGGAGAUCCUGGGACUCAACAAGGAGCCCUCCUCGGCCCCGAGGAGCCCGCUGAGCGCCUUGCCGGCAGGGGCGCAUCUCAUCGCGGCCAGGUCCGUGCUGGGCCACGCCGGUGUGGGUGUCGGGAUGGGAUUAAUCGGCCCCGGUGGGAUUCCGGCGUUUUACCGCCAGCCCGCCUUUUUGGAGGGCGUGCUGGACCAGCAGGAUGUUCACUUGCGGCCGCAUAACACCUCUUCUGCAGGGCGGAUGGACGCCGGGCAGUCUGCAAGCUCCGACUCGGAGGAUUUGUCUUCCAGUGAAAGGAAACUGUCAAAGUCUUCAAUAGCUCAGAGCAAGAAACGCAAGAAAAGACGCCACAGGACCAUAUUCACCUCGUACCAGCUGGAGGAGCUGGAGAAGGCCUUUAACGAGGCCCAUUAUCCAGAUGUAUACGCACGAGAGAUGUUGGCCAUGAAAACAGAAUUACCCGAAGACAGAAUACAGGUGUGGUUUCAGAACCGCAGAGCCAAGUGGAGGAAGAGAGAGAAGUGUUGGGGUCGCAGCACCGUCAUGGCUGAGUACGGCCUCUACGGAGCCAUGGUCAGGCAUUCCAUCCCUCUGCCGGAGUCCAUCCUCAAGUCGGCCAAGGAUGGCAUCAUGGAGUCCUGUGCCCCCUGGUUACUAGUUCAAGAUGGCUUACCAAUCAACAGACGCUAUUCUAAAUCUGAAUGCCCGCAACUCUUUGCAGGGAUGCACAAAAAAUCCAUGGAGACCCCGGCGCCCCCUCAACAGGCGGCCGCCAAUUGUGACGAGACGCCGCCGCCGCCGCGGCCCAGCUCUCAGAGGGCCGAAGACUCUGAGGUGGAGGAGAGGAGGCCGAAGUGCGAGUCAGCCAUUUCUAAAGAGGAACUGAGAGAGAACAGCAUCGCUGCCCUUAGGGCCAAAGCACAGGAGCACAGUGCCAAAGUGCUCGGGACGGUUUGUCACGACAGACUGGACAAGGACGAGCAGGAGAAGACCGGUGCACCUCGGAGUCCCGCCGAGGAGGUGCACAGCCCUUAAAGACUGAACACUCAAAGGCAGGGCACUCACCUCUCAUUGGCUCUUCUAAAGCGCCCUGUAUCUGGACUCUCAUGAGGAUGAAUCAUUGCUACACAGAAGAUGCAGUUGCACUUUUUUUUGGUCUACUUCCAAAUAUUUUGCUUUUUACAUCCUGAAUGGUGACAAUUUCAUUGCAAACCAUCCUGCCGACGGUCCUCUUAAAGGAGGAGGAACAUCAUUGUUGUUCUGUGUCAUGCUGCAUCUCAGGGGUUGUCAAACGUUUUUGGGUCCAGGAACCCCUGAUAGUGUAAAAACAAAAUAGAAGAAUCCCCUCAUAAUCUUGACACCAAUUCACCAUUCAUACAGAGAACUACAGAGAGCUAAAUGGCAUGGGAAAUGCUUUUCAUCUUUCAAGAGUUUUAACCUAAAUAAUUCUGACCUGUUUCAAUGAAAGAAAUUUCCCAAAUUCAGCUGAGUUAAAGUCCAUAUUAAUCUAUUGUAGCUAGCUUACGUGGACCACUCUCCCACUAGUAAGUGUUGCCAUCUUCACGAUUUGGAUGCUAUAUUAAGCAACAUUUUUGAUCGCUCUUGGAAAAAAAAAACGUCUAGCAAGUUUAAUUCCCAUUAAGAAAAUGACAAUAUGAGCGGAAUAAUUUUCAACAUUAUUUUCUGCAUGACAAAAUGAGAGUUGAAGGUAAUCAUUGUGCUGAACAUUGCCAAAGACAUGGUGCCCAUUCAUAAGCUGCAAAGGCAGUGGUUUAUCUACAUGUUCGAAACUUUUGUGCUUCCAAGGCAUUAUGAAUAAAUUGAGUCUCCUGCACAUCUCUCCAUGAGAAAGAAGUGUGAGAACUAGAAAUGCAUGAUUGUCAGAUGUGUCAAAAUCAAAUGAGAGCUGAGGUAGGGAGGAGUAAUUGACAUAUUAUGUGUGUUUUAUUGGCACACUGGUCCUCAUAUGCAGGUAAACACAUAAAAGAUGCUACAACAUUUUCCCCCAAUUAUUUUCCAGACCCCAAGUUAAGGCUAAUGGACCCCAUGGGGUCCCCGGACCUCGGUUUGAGAACCACUGCUGUAUAUAACUGAUGUAUUACAUGACAACAUUUGAGUAGUUUCACUUCCAAAAAUGUAUCACACAUAAAGCAUCCAAAAAGAAAUAAUCUUUUAUUAUUAAAUGUGACUUUCUGGUG